AUGAGUGGGAUUCAUAAGUUUCUCACUAGACGCGAGAGAAAUAGCAAAGUCGGGAAGCAGAAUAAGGAUGAGGCCUCAAACAUACUGUCCCGACCCCAUUUCAACGGAUUCUUCGCAUCUGAUCGUGCACCAGAGCCUGACCAAGAAGAGCAAAAGAAGCUGAAGAUCCUCGAGCGCCGUAUCGCACAGCUUGGCUUCACUGGGUUGAAGGAAGAGCAUUUUAUUUAUGCGCUCCAAGCGGCUAAAGGGGAUGCUGAGAAAGCGUUCGAUCUUCUACUUCUGCUUGAGGAUUCGAUUGAAGGCAUCAUUAGAUCAUACACCCCGAGUACGAAACUUCUUGGAGCGGUCAAUCGACAGGGUGUGACCUGUUACCUAGACGCCCUCCUCUUUGCAAUGUUUGCUCGUUUGGAUUCCUUUGAAGCGAUACUCUACAAGUCAUUCAAUGAUGAGCCUCGUCGAAAGCUUUCCAUUCUGCUUAGGCUCUGGGUCAACAUGCUGCGCUCGGGAAAGCUGAUCACGACAGACCUUACCAAGCAUUUGCAAGAUGCGCUUGCCGAAUGCGGGUGGGAGGAUGCAGCUCAACUUCGCCAGCAGGAUACCUCGGAGGCAUUCACAUUCAUAACAGAAAAAUUGGAGUUGCCCCUUCUCACUCUCAAGAUGGACAUAUACCAUACCGGAAAGGAAGACAUGAGUAGCGAUCACAAGUUCGUCAAUGAACGUCUGCUGGAGGUCGCGAUACCCGAACCUUUUGACGGCAAAACGGUCACCUUGGAGGACUGCUUGGAAUCUUACUUCAACAAUCGGAUUGAGGUUAAACGGUAUCUCGAGCGGCGCAAUACUGUUGGCUCUACCAAAUCACACGAUUCCUUGACCAAGGGCUUCUCGUCACACGUUGAAACAGUCGAGGUCAUUCCCUCCCCCACAGCCUCGCCGACUCAGCUGAAUCUUCUGCGGUCGGAUGAUGCAACUUCCUCGACGCCUCAGACAGGAACAAGUGGAUUAAGCACGCCUCAAAGCGCUCACGUCCGACGAAGCAGUAUUGUUCAAGAACGAUUCGUAUUCGAUUCAGACGACAAGGCAAACGCUGAUGAUUGUCUUUCCCCGACGACAGCUCAAUCUCGGAGGGGUUCUUACCGAAAGGAAGUCAUGAUGCCUGCAUGGCAAUUCUUCAGUCUGAUACCUUGGUACACAGAUAACACCCCAACGAGUGAUGCGCAGGUUGCUGCUCAUUUCUCCUCCAAGAGACCGAUGCUUGGCAUGUGUUUGAAACGUUAUUCCGUUCUACCGAAUGGGAAAGCCAUUAGGCUCAGUACAUAUGUCGACAUCCCAACUGAAAUCGGCUUGCCUCACUUCAUUCAGGAUGACAACAUGGACGAAGAAGGUCCCAUCUACGGAAAUUUCAAAUUAUCACUCCAAGCACUGGUCUGUCAUCGGGGUAACUCGGUCGAUUCAGGACAUUACAUAGCCAUUGUGAGGGGCACCAGCGCUGGAGCACAUCCGGCUAAUGGCCAGGCGUCCGAAAUUGCCUACGAUACUCCGCAGUAUUGGAUGCGCUUCGAUGAUCUGGCCGAGGAACGUGUCACGCUCGUCGAUAUUGAGCAAGCUCUGAAGACUGAGUCCCCGUAUCUCUUAUUCUACCAAAUUCUGCCCAUCAACGAAGAUGCUGCAGAAGCCAAUCCUGCAACAAAACCAGCAUGCUCGGAUUCGUCGGAAGAUGGUCGUGAAAUAGAUACGGCAGGGAUUAUGCGGAAACUUCAUACAUUGUCGACAAGCAGUACGGAUCCUGAACACGCCCACGGAUGCGGCUCUGGUCGACCAAGCUUCGAAAUCACUACACCAGAAGACACCGUGUCCGGGAUGGUUGAUCAUAUCGGAAGGAAACCGAGUGUAGCUUUUUCCAGCACCGCUGGUUCCACCAACAACCUCCAGGUGCACACGAUCUCGUCGACAUCGCCGCGGAUUUUUCCAAAGGAUUCGGAAGGCAAAGCUUCCGCACCAAACUCGAGGCGCGGAUCUAGGUCCACUUGGAGCGCUCCUGGCAGCCGCGCUGGAAGUCAGACUGGCGAAAGCAGGAUUAGUGCAACCUUCUCCCGUUUUACCGGGCGUCGUAGUAAAGACAAGUCCACCAGUGACGGGUCUGCGGAAGACGACGUCGACGACUUCGCGAUGGAAAAUGAAAUGGGCAGUCAGAGCGGAGAUGUGUCUAUACGGAUGAGCAGAGAGAGAAAGGAGAAGAGCCCCAGACGCACAAAGGAUCGCGAGCGCUCUAAAGGCAAGUCGAAGGAUAGAUCCCGAGAGAGGUUUGGGCGGAAGCUGGAUCGGGAAUGCGUCGUGAUGUGA